GAGCUCCUUAGUUGCUCAGAGAAAUAUAGGACAGAUGCUAGCCUACAACUAAAUAUUUCCUUUCAUCCAUACGAUAACAAACUUGCAGUUUUGGAACGAUGGACAAGGUUCAAAGUUCUUUCACCAUUUUAUUUUUGUUUUUAAUGGAAUUCCCACUUCAUUUGUGCUUGCCUUAUGCAGCGCUGAUUCCUCAUAGAGCUGCUCUUGUUCAAGUAAUUACAAUUGCGUGUAUAGCCUUCAGUAUUGCCCUGAUAUGUGGGAUCACUAUUUCCUACAUGAUAUAUCGACUGGUACAGGCUGAGGAAAAACAACAACUUGCGUCGCUCUAUAAAAAUGUCAAGAUACCAUUAUUAGGAGAUGAAGAGGAGGUCUCUGAGGAUGAGGGCCAGGAUGAGUCCACGCACCUCCUUCCAGAGAGUGAGAAGGAACUGGAAAAGUUCAUUCAUUCAGUCAUUAGAUCGAAAAGAAGAAAACAUAUGGAAAAGAAGAGAUUGAACACAGAGCAAAAGUUGGUAAAGGAAGUGGAAAUAAAGGAUGCUGUACAUACCACAAAUCCAGGGCGUCUGUGAAAAGAAAUGAAAGAGAGGCAGGACAUGCCAGCCAGUGUGGAGGAAACAGUGACAGAUGACAGAAUGUGAGCAUGACUUGCUCCUGGAGAACCUUGUGCAAGAGCACUCUAAAGGAAGAACACCAGACGUAAAAACAGGAAAUAAAUUCAUAUGAAUUUAUUCAUAGCAA